AUGUCUGUUUUGUCACUUACUGACUUCUUGCUGGGCCAGGGUGUGAACUACAUCCUUACUGCAGCCCUCAACCAGGACCCACUUGAGCGUUUUUUUGGCCUCGGAACCUUUGGUGGCGACGAAGAUCACCCCACAGUGGCCAAAUUUAGUCAGCUGUUCUGCCUUCUCGCACUGUACACUCCAAUCAAACUAGCCACCAAAGAAAAAUGCGAAGCUGGCCAGGCGGGCACUGAACGAGUCCUGAUGAGCACGUUUGAGAGUCUCGGGGCAAAAUGCUGUGAAGCCCUGCAGAAAAAGAAAAGCCUCAAGGAAGAGGUUUGGAGGUGUCUGACAUUCAUACCCCUAAGGGAGUGCAGCAACAGACCUGAAGACCAUGUGUACAGCGUUCCUCUACCAGCAAAGACAGCGCUGUACUAUUUAGCUGGAUAUGUAUUUCGCAAGGUCCUCAAAGCCACACGUUGCACUGAAUGCAAGAAAGGAGCAGUAGGUGCGCAGGAUUCCCUUCCUUCUGAAGCAUUGUUGGUGUUGGAAAGGGAAUACGUGAGCGGCAGCCUUGUGUACCCCUCCAAGAAACUAUUCGAAUGCGUGAGAAGUGCGGAGUACGUCAUCAGCCAGGAAUUGAAAAAUUAUUCCUUUGGUGACCUCUUUUGGAGAGUAAUGGAUGCACUUACUCAGAAAGGCACCAGCUUUGUUGGUUGCAAACAACACUACAGUGAAUUUACUGCAGAGUUGAUUCACGUCUACCUUGUAAUUAGAAUGCAUUUCUUUGCAAGACAGAAGUGCCAAGAGAAUGACAGUGCCAUCAAAGCACAGAGAGAAAGAAAGAAGGCCAAACUUGUCUGA